GAGGCAGGAAACGGUGAAUAAUAAUUAGUGUAUAACCAUUUUCUAUCAUAAAGUCAAAGACGAAAAUAAAACCAUGUUAAUUCAACUUAAUUCCAAAAUGGAAAAGAUAUUCAAACUUUAUAUUGUAAUAUCAAUUUUCGGUCUAUCAGAUAUCCACUGCAUGCGUACACCACGCUUUUUCACGACAAAGGACUAUGGAUACAUGUACUUGAACGAGUAUGGAAUUUCAACCAGUGGUUUAACAUUCAUCACUUUCCAGGUACAAGCAUGUAGCGACGUCCAUAUAGCCUUAAAAUCACAUAUGAAAGAACAACCAAUCGAAAUCGCUUUAGGUGGAUUGAGAAAUACACGAUCUUGUAUACGGCUCACUCCAAGAGGCAAUUGCUUAGUAACAAACCUAGGAUCGGUUUUGGAUUGUAAAGGAUACCGCUCUUUUACUGUGUAUUGGGGAGACAGACAAAUCCUUGUAGAGAAAGGAAAUACCACGGCUGAGAAGUCCAGCAUAUUUCUCAGCCUUCCUUUGAAUUAUAAUCUUGAUGACGUGAACGUAGGGAUAUCUACUGGCUUUGGAUCAUCUGGAAGAUGGAUAAUUGAAGAUAUACACUGCAUGCGUACAACACGUAUUUCUACGACCAGAAAAUAUAGAUACAGAUAUUUGGACGAGUAUGGAAUUUCAUCCAGCGGUUCAAACUUUAUCAGUUUCCAGGUGCAGGCAUGUAGCGACGCCCAUAUAGCGUUAAAAUCGCAAAUGAAAGAACAACCAAUCGAAACUGUCAUAGGUGGGUGUAGAAAUAAACGAUCUUGUAUACGGCUUACUCCACAAGGCAACUGCUUAGCAACGAAUCGAGUAGCAGUUUUAAAUUGUAAAGAAUACCGCUCUUUUACUGUAUAUUGGGGAAACGGAAAAAUCGUUGUAAGGAAAGGAAAUACCACGGCCAGAAAAUCCAACAUAUUUCUCAGCCUUCCUUUGAAUUAUAAUCUUGAUGAUGUAAACGUAGGGAUAUCUACUGGAUUUGGGUCUUCUGGAAGAUGGAUUAUUGAAGAUACCUACUGUUAGCGAAAUGCUUGCAUUUCUAAAUCACAACAUAUGGAUACAUGUACUAAGACGAGUAUGGAAUUUCAACCAGUAGUUCAACUUUCAACUCGUUCCAGUUACAAGCAUGAAGCGAAGAUUAUAUAUUUUUUAGUUUUCCAACGAAUAAAUAUUCAAUUAAAAUUGUCAUAAGAGGAUGGAAUGAUACGCAGACGCGCAUACGGCUUAUUACACAAGGACAGCUAUGCAACAAUUCAUGGGGCAGUUUUAAUUUGUAACGAAUAUCGCCCCUUUAUGUAAUCUGGGGAAACGGACCAAGCCUUGUUGAGAAAGAAAACACCACCGCCGAGAAAUCCAACAUCUUUCUUAACCUUCCUUUGAAUUAUAAUCUGAGUGAUGUAAAAGUAGGAAUAUCUACAGGUUUUGUUUUUUUCUGGAAGAUUAAUGUUUGAAAACAUAUUUAUUAUUUAAUAAUAAACUGACAAAACGAAAUAUAGUCUGUUUUGAAUACUCUUCGAUCCUAAUGAUAUCCAUUGUCUAGAAAUCCCCCACAUAGAUAAACCGGCCGAUGCGACAAAAAACAACAAAACAUGGUUCGAUGUUCGUCGUUUCUUCCUUUAAUUAAUCAAAUAUGUUAAUAUUUUGUAAUAUUCUGCAAUUAUCCAUUCUGAUCCUUGCCAAUGUUCUCCUAAUGUCAUCGAUAAAUGCAAUUAUAUACAUUAUACACGGUAAGGAUUUCCUCGCUACAGAUAAAUUACGUAUCUUUUGAUGUUGGAUUGAUAUUUUGAAGGAACAUUUUCUGUAAUAGGAGACAAGGCAACUGCAUUUAGUC